GGCGAUGAUGUAAACUCCCUCCACACAUUCCUUGGGGACAAUUCUACUAAGACCGGACUCCGGAGACUCGACGACGCUGGGUCGGUCUUUCUGCCACGUGCCUUCUUUCCAUACUCAUGACACGGGGGCAGCGCACUGCCUAUCAGAGCAGUUGGAUCAGGCUAGAGCGAUCAUGAUUCGGACUGAGACUGAUCGGGUGCUUUACAAUCUUUUCCAGAAGAUGCAAUCGGGUUAAUUUUAUAUCAUCGGCAGUCCACCGAGGAGUAGCAUCAUAUAAGUCCCAGGCUCCCAGCAUUUUUGCCCAAUGUGGAAAAGUAAUUUAUAAGUACCUAGUUUGGGCUGGGAGAAGCACUGCCUUUACUCCUGACAAAGUUUUCCUGCCUGUCACAUAGGUCCUUAUAAAUGAAUGAUUUGAAGGCAUCAGUUCCACAAGUUAUACACCUAAUUUUCUCUCGACGGUGAGUGACUGGUGACUGGUGAGUCUUCGGAGGCUAUUCACUCAGGAUGGGGACUACUGGCAGUAGGCACACGGUUUGUCUUUCUUCCCCGUAUACUUGUGGCAAAUCCUUCCAAGUCAAUAAGACUUCAUGGUUUGGCAGAAGAAAAGUCUAUGUCCCAGUGGAGAGAUUCUUUGUUUUAUAAGGGCUGCACCCGUUCAUCUACUGCAGAUGUGUCUUCUGAUUUGCCUGGAUCAACUGGCGACGUUGGAAGUUACAAGCUGCAGGUUUUGGCCGAGCAGAGCUGCUGUUUGUUUCACUCCGUGCUUGCGAUGGCUGAUGAUACGAAGUUCCUCCUUUUGGUUUUACUCUUGAGCAGCUCAUCUUUGUGUUUUGGCAGUGAAUUUGAUAUCCAGUGCCUGAAGUCUGUACAACAAUCAGUGAUUGAUCCCUUCGGCGUACUCAAAUCCUCUUGGAACUUCGAAAACGACUCAGCCGGUUUCAUAUGCCGCUUUACUGGUGUGGAAUGCUGGCACCCCGACGAGAACAGGGUCUCCUCUCUGCGUCUCGGCAACCUAGGACUUGAAGGCCCAUUUCUCCAAGGUCUUCAAAACUGCACAAGCAUGAGCGGCCUGGAUCUGUCGAAUAACUAUUUUUCAGGACCGAUCCCUGCCGAGAUCUCGCGGCAGAUGCCGUACCUGACGUCUCUGGAUCUUUCGUACAAUAGCUUUUCGGGUUCAAUCCCACAGAGUAUCUCACAAAUGACAUAUCUGAAUGCCCUCAUCUUCCAGCAUAACCAAUUGAGCGGUCAAAUUCCACCGCAAUUUGAUUUGCUUGAUAGGUUAACUAUAUUCAAUGUUGCGGAGAACUUGUUAUCAGGGCCCAUUCCUACUUUGCUGGAGACCUUUCCGGCUUCAAACUUUGCUGGUAACCAAGGGCUUUGUGGUUCACCGUUGGAUGAUUGUCCGGUACGAAUCAGGCUGCACAGGAUCAACGACCAGUCGAGCAUCGGAGCGGCCGUCGGGUUCGUCGUGGGGUUCGUGGUGGCCUUCUACUUCCCGCACUGCUUCGUCUGCUCCGAGAGGCUCCGUGCCUACGUCGUUCGCAUAUGAUUCACCUGUUGUUCUGAAAACCUUUUUCUGGCAUUGCUUCCGGAGGCCAAAUGAGCACUUCCGACAGUAAUCUUAGUAUGUUCCUUGCAGCAACGGUUGUCUUAAUUCACAUGAUAUGUACAUAUGUAUGCCCGGCAACUAGCAACUGCCGGUGCUUGUUAAUACAUAUUUCAAGUUCAACUCUUCUA